CUCUGGCUGUGGACUACCACUCCCUUGAGGUGCUGCGUCAUUCACCUUCGCGGCGUCUUCGAACGCGCCGUGGCAGCCAUGUUGGACGUGGCCGCCACAGGGGCCGGCACCAGGGGGUAGUCAGCUGUCAAGAUGCUGGGGUCCCUGGUGUUGAGAAGAACAGCGCCGGCGCCGCGAUUCCUCCUGCAGCUGCUUAGGUCCCCACCGCUCCGGAGCCACGGAGGUGCCUGUGACUGGAGUGUGACCUCCGGCGGCCGCGGGGAGCCGCAGUGGCUGAGGGCGGCCGUCGAGGGGUGCCCUGGAAUUUCGUCCACCUUGCUCAUCGGAGGAAGGGCAGCCACCGGGGGGCACCAAGGAGGACGCACCGAAACCCCGUGCCAAGCAGCCUCCACAUGGGGACAUCUUCCUAGCCCUGAAGAAACACUCCCGGGACAUGACAGCUGGAACGGGGUCCCGAACAGGGCCGGAGUAGGCAUGUGGGCCCUGGCCAUGGCGCUGGUGGUUCACUGUUACAGCAAGAGCCCGUCCAACAAGGAUGCAGCCCUGAUGGAAGCUGCUCGCGCCAACAAUGUCCAAGAAGUCAGAAGGCUGUUGUCAGAAGGUGCAGAUGUCAACGCAAGGCACAAGCUUGGCUGGACAGCACUCAUGGUAGCAGCCAUCAGCCGAAACGACAGUGUGGUGCAGGUUCUGCUUGCGGCUGGUGCUGACCCAAACCUUGGGGAUGAUUUCAGCAGUGUUUAUAAGACUGCCAAGGAGCAGGGAAUUCACUCUUUGGAAGUCCUGGUUACCCGCGAGGAUGACUUCAACAACCGGCUGAACAACCGUGCCAGCUUCAAGGGCUGCACGGCCCUGCACUACGCCGUCCUGGCUGAUGACUACAGCACUGUCAAGGAGCUGCUUGAUGGAGGAGCCAACCCCCUGCAGAGGAAUGAAAUGGGACACACACCCUUGGAUUAUGCCCGUGAAGGCGAGGUGAUGAAGAUUCUAAGGGCUUCUGAAGCCAAGUACCAGGAGAAGCAACGGAAACGAGAGGCUGAGGAGCGGCGCCGCUUUCCCCUGGAGCAGCGGCUGAGAGAGCACAUCAUCGGACAGGAGAACGCUAUCGCCACGGUGGGCGCUGCAAUCCGGAGGAAGGAGAAUGGCUGGUAUGAUGAAGAACACCCUCUGGUCUUCCUCUUCUUGGGAUCGUCUGGAAUAGGGAAAACAGAGCUGGCCAAACAGACAGCCAAAUAUAUGCACAAGGAUGCCAAAAAGGGCUUCAUCAGGCUGGACAUGUCUGAGUUCCAGGAGCGUCAUGAGGUGGCCAAGUUUAUCGGGUCCCCACCAGGCUACAUCGGCCACGAGGAGGGUGGCCAGCUGACCAAGAAGCUAAAGCAAUGCCCCAACGCUGUGGUGCUCUUCGAUGAGGUGGACAAAGCCCAUCCAGACGUGCUCACCAUCAUGCUGCAGUUGUUUGAUGAGGGCCGACUGACAGAUGGCAAAGGGAAGACCAUUGACUGCAAGGAUGCCAUCUUCAUCAUGACCUCCAAUGUGGCCAGCGAUGAGAUCGCACAGCAUGCCCUGCAGCUGAGGCAGGAAGCUUUGGAAAUGAGCCAUAACCGUAUCGCCGAGAACCUUGGUGAUGUCCAGAUGAGUGACAAGAUCACCAUCUCAAAGAACUUCAAGGAGAAUGUGAUUCGUCCCAUCCUAAAAGCCCACUUCCGGAGGGAUGAGUUUUUGGGACGAAUCAAUGAGAUCGUCUACUUCCUCCCCUUCUGCCACUCAGAACUCAUCCAGCUAGUCAACAAGGAACUGAACUUCUGGGCCAAGAGAGCCAAGCAAAGGCACAACAUCACACUGCUCUGGGACCGCGAGGUGGCAGAUGUGUUGGUUGAUGGCUACAAUGUGCACUAUGGCGCCCGCUCCAUUAAGCAUGAGGUAGAGCGCCGCGUGGUGAACCAGCUGGCUGCCGCCUACGAACAAGACCUGCUGCCAGGAGGCUGCACUCUGCGCAUCACUGUGGAGGACUCGGACAAACAGCUACUCAAGAACCCUGAGCUGCCCGCACCCCAAGCUGAGAAGCGCCCUCCUAAACUGAGGCUGGAAAUCAUUGAUAAAGACAGCAAGACCCACAAACUGGACAUCCGGGCGCCACUACACCCUGAGAAGGUGUGAUCCACCCUCUUCCUUCUACUACCUGCCCAUCCAUGCCCUCAGCACCCAAUAAAGGCCCUCCAGCUGUGGCAUGGCAACUGACCAACUAGCCCUCCUGCCUCUCCCUCCCCUCCACCUGUAGCCUAAGGCUGCUUGCCUCCUCACAGCCCCUUAAAAGACCCUCUGUAGUCCCCAAGUGUAAAGCAGGAAUUUUGUUCACCCCUUGCCCCUUCAUUGUGGGCCCAACACCUGCUGACAAACCUCAGAAGAAGAGUUACCUUUCCACUCCAUCAAGGCAGGGAAGAGUUAGGGGGGGUCCCUUAUCUUUGUCCUCCAGGAUGAUCCCCAUUCCCCCAUAGUCUCUGGACAUGGUGUGUUCCUAGGAAGCUCAGCUGUAUAGCACCUAAGAGUAACUGGCUGUAAGACAGGGACCAGGCUGUGCCCUCAUGCAGCUGAGCCCCCAGAAUGUCUCCACUGGAAUGGAGAGAGUGCAGAGGUCCAGGCAUGGAGCUGUUGCUCAGGCUGUAGCUACCUCUUUCCCCACCUUAAAAUUCCAAGGGGAAGGCGCCCAGAGACCUCUCCCCCUUUCACUGCCAUAUCAUAACUACUGUUCCUCCUCACCCCAUAAUCUGGGGUCAAGGCCAGAUCAUGUUUCUUCCCAAUUAGGACUUGGGCAGCAUGGACAAAUGCUGCCUGCUGCACUACCCUGCCCAGAUCUGGGCUGGACAAAAGUAAUCAAAAGACAAAGCAAGCACCUCUCUACAGGGGUCUCCUUCUGGAGCCUUAACAACACAGACAUUGGGAAACUCGGGGAAAGAUCAUGGGGUCAGGCUCUGCCUGGGUGGCCUUGAAGUCUACCUGCCUGUACUGCUGGCCCAGCUCGUGCGCCUGCAGCAGCGAGCUCCGGUAAGUCUGCGUGUUAGUCACUGAGCACAGGGUCUGCACACUGCCCUGUCAGUGAGGGUGAGCCCAUGCUUCACCCUCAGCUCAGCAAGGCACAGCGAGGCCUGGUGGUGCCGGGCACCAUCUACCAUAGCUGCCAUUGACGACCACAUCACCCUCCCCAUAGGGCUGAUUCGGAACCCAGACUUGGUGUUAGCUAAUGCCUUUCAGGAAGCAGGAGGAGUAGGUAUCAGAGUCCCUUGGCUGAUAGAGGAGUGUCCUAACAAAAUGUGGGCAUGAGGCAGGCAGAAGCUGAUACAAGGCUCUGGCAAUCACCAUCUAGUCCCUCAAGGAGCUGUGUCUGCUGCUCCCUACCUCAGUAACUGUUGCUCCUUUUAUUUUUUCCUCCUUGUAUAGAAAUAAUUUGAUGUACACAAAGUUUCACAAAGUAGAGUUCCCAUGUACUCUCUUCUUGGCUUCUCUUAAUAUUUGUACCUUAUAAAAUUACUGUAUAGCUAUUAAAAUAAGGAAAUCAACUGAUCCACUGCUACAAACUAAUCUGUAGACUUCCAAAUUUUCCAGUUUCCCCCCUGAUGUUCUUUCUCUGGUCAGGAGCCCUCAUUGUAUUUUGUCAUGUUUCCUUCAUCUCCUUGGCCUGUGACAGCUCUUUGUCUGCCUUUCAUGACCUGGAUACUUUAGAAAUGUCCAAGGUGAUUAUUUUCUUAACUUGGGUCUGUGGGUCUGUCUGCUGUUCUCACAUGUGUAGGCUGAGGAUCUGUUUGUUUUGUUUGGCAAGACCACCAUACAAAUGAUGCUGUGCCUUCUCGGUGCCUCAGAACAGGGGUGUGAACCAACCAUACAGUGGAGGUAAUGUGUGCCUGGUUCCUCCAUUGUAAAGUGAUUAAUUUCCCCCUUUGUAAUUAAUAAAGAGUCACAUGGGAAGAUACCUUAUGCUAUGCAGAUGUCCCAUUUAUCUUUAGACUGUGCCCUGUGAUCUUAGUGCCAAUCAGGCGUUCUUACUUACUUAUGCUAAGCUUUAAUACUGUGUUUGUCUGAUGAUGACUUUCUCUUUUCUUCUUCCAUCUAUAUUAAUUGGUGUUCUGCUGUAAGGAAGAACUAUCUCUUUCCCCCAUUUAUUUAUUUGAUAAUUUAUAUCAGUAUAAGCUAAUGGAUAUAUUUUUUUAUUCUAGGGGUUACAGCCUCAUACUAACAUAGUUAAUUUUGUUACUCAAAUUAGCCUAUUUCUGGCUACUGGGAACUCUUUCAAGUUGACGCCUGUGUUGUUUCAACAUCACCCACAUCCUUUUUUUUUAAGCACUCUCUGACUUAUUGGUAUUCCAAGCUCACUCAUAUCUUUCCUGUUCUAGCCCUGACACCAUCCAUUUCUCCCAGCAGCUCUUGGUUCAUUUUUUUAUUCAGGAAUAGUAUUUAGAAACCAAGAUCUGGGCACUGCUUGUAUUCAUUGCAGUUCACUGGAGUGACAUUGCUUCUAGGACCUUUCAGCAGACAAAGCUAGAAAAUACAUGUAUAUAUAUAUGUAUGCUAAUGUGUAUCACACAUACCUGAAUUUAUCAUUGUAUCUGUCUGUCUAUAUAUUAUUAAAAAACAUGAAUUGA